AUGACGGACGCAGCGGGUGGCGAUGCUGGGGACCUGCUUUGUGUGAUCGUCAGUGCGCUUCCGCCUCCCCCGUUGCUACCGUGCCUGCUGCUGUGUUUGCUGAGUGAUGCCUUUUUUCGCUGACGUGGACCUUGGCCUCGCGUGAUCGCCCCCCAGCUCGAUUUGAAUCCACUGGCUUGGUCGCUGUCGUCGGUCGCCGAUCCACAGACUCACGAUCAACUCUCACUCGAACAGGCGUUGGAUCAGGUGCUCAUCUUUGCCAAUGCCCAUCUUGCGCUGCGCCAUGAGAACCAGAUCGCCGUAUUCGGAGCGGGAUAUUCGAUGUCGUCAGUCCUCGCUUCAGCCUGGUCGAGCCUAAGCAGCCACCGGCUCCGCGGCCGACCCCUGGCCGAGCCUUAUGGCAACGAACUGACUUGUUCUAUUGGACACCACUCUUUGAACCAGGAAAAUGCUCUACUCGUCCUCUCUCGCACCUUCGGCUGCACCUUCCGUCGGGCCAGUCUCAUCCGCGAGAGAUGCCAACACCUAUCAGCAGUUCAGGAUCGUCAACGAGGGUAGCUCGAACGCUGUGAGGGACAUGAUGGCCGAGCAGUCGGACGAUAACGUUGGGAAAGGUGCGUGCUCUUUUUCAUCAGGCCAUCGGCGGUCCACAGGCAAAAUUGGGACCAUAUCGCUGACAGGUGGCCAACGUCGAUCCCAGCCGAUGUCGGCAUGGUCAGCGCCCUCGCAAUGGUGCUGUGUCGUGCGUCGUUUUCGGCAUUCCUUCCGCGAUUCACAUACAAUUACGGUGGAGCUGAACUUCCUCAGUUCUCUUCCGUCCUCACAGAUGUGAAUCGCCUGAACUCGGCCUCGACACUUACGCCGAACCUGAACAAGCCUCGACCCCGGAUCUUGGUUCUUAGCGUGACCGAUGACGCCUCAACGCAAUACGUCUCGACUAUGAAUUGCAUCUUCACCGCACAAAAGAAUGUCAGUGAUUCAAUUGUUGAGCGGACGGCCCGUAUUGCGUCCCAGUUUCCCCGUACCUAAUGCGCAAGCCCGUGGGACACAAUUUGCCGUCUCUAGAGUAUUCCCAUUGAUGUCUGCAAAAUCUUUGGGCGAGAUGCGGUUUUUCUACAACAAGCCUGCCACCUCACAGGCGGAUCGUAUUUCAAGAUCGCUCAGCGACGGGGCCUCUUGCAAUACCUCAUCGUGCGUGUAUCGCUGCAAAACUCGUCGCACCUUCGCUCUAUCCAAAUUCGGACUGCGAGCUCACUCAGCACGGAAGCGAACCUCCACAGAUGACCUUCCUGCCUGGCCCAUCGGCUCGCAAGCAUCUAAAUCAGCCGACACAAGAUCAGGUUGAUCUCCGCGCGGCAUGCUUCUGCCACCGCAAAAUUGUUGAUGUCGGCUACGUGUGCUCCGUGUGCCUAUCGAUCUUCUGCGCGCCGGUGCCGGUAUGCGCGACUUGUCGGACCAAGUUCCCCAUGGCGACCUUGAAACGAUUUGGAUUCGGUGCAAGACCAGCGAACAGUGGGGCAAUUGCGAGGUCGAAGAAGCGGAAAGCGCCGGCGAACGGGGAGACCCUCCCUCCAGUUUCGGCCGGCGUUUGA